AUGUACAUCCAAGCAGCCAAUCCGAACCAACACUCAAUGAAUACCGCCACUGCUGACUCAGCUCCAACUGAAAAUAUUCGUCCCACAGGUGAAGCCAAUGCAUUCAACAGGUCUACCCUUAUUCCGGUAGUCUUCAUCCUAGCCCUUGCGAUAAGAUACAUUAGCAUGAGAAGAAGGAUUCAUGCAAACAAAGCUGUCUUAAAGAAAGGAACUUUCCAUAAAUUCUGCCUUGUCUCCAAGACUGUUCUAACUCAUAACACUGCGAUUUAUAACUUUGGGCUUCCAAAUGCUGACGAUGUUCUUGGUUUACCCAUUGGCCAACAUAUCUCUAUAAAGGAGAACAUCGAUGGUAAGGAUAUCAUGAGAUCUUAUACACCAACAUCUCUGGACUCAGAAACUAAAGGUUCAUUUGAAUUAUUGGUGAAGUCAUAUCCUAAUGGGAACAUUUCUAAAUUUAUUGGCAAUUUGAACAUUGGAGAUGAGAUCAACGUUUGCGGACCAGCUGGUAAUUAUCACUACGAACCAAAUUGUCGUAAUAAAUUAGGGAUGAUUGCCGGGGGAACAGGUAUUGCUCCUAUGUUCCAAAUUAUGAAGGCUAUCUAUCUGAAUCCUAAGGAUACCACUGAAGUAACGUUAUUAUAUGGUAAUGUCCAAGAAGCAGAUAUCCUUUUGAGAAAGGAAUUGGAUGAGAUGGUCAAGAUGAGACCCGAUCAAUUUAAAGUUAUUUAUCUACUAGAUAAAACAGAUAGAGAUGAUUGGGAGGGUGAGAUUGGCUACGUUACAUUAGAUUUAAUGGAGAAAUAUAUGCCAUCACCAAAGGAGGAAGGUGUGCAAAUGUUACUAUGUGGUCCUCCAAGAAUGGUUGGAUCUGCAAAGAGAAAUGCCGUAACGAUGGGGUAUGCCAGAGGCAAGCCACUUUCCAAGAUGGAGGAUCAAGUCUUUAUUUUUUAA